AUGGAGGAAGUGGUCUCUAAAGCGCACCCAAGGCGGUUCAUACCAUUUCCCGCCAUUGCCCCCAACCGAUCUACCUCCGAGCAAACCGUCACCAUCCCCCAUCCCCUCAUUCUCCUCUCUUCUCACACCAUGCCCGUCUACUCUCUAAUCAUAAUCAACAAGGCCGGCGGCCUCAUCUACCAGCGCGAAUUCCAGCCGGGACUGCUCAAGCUCUCUACGAACGAUUACCUUGUUCUUGCGGGGACGUUUCACGGAAUCCACGCAAUCACCCGCUCAAUCACACCCAAAAUCCCCAACCUCACAAUCCCCUCGACAUCAACAACACCGAACCCCUCCUCCUCAACCCCAUCACACCACGCCUCCGCCUCAACAGCAACAUCAGCAGUCCUCUCCCCCUCCUCAACCAGCGCCUCGACCCCCGGCGGCGGUACACAAACCCCGACAGCCGCAACGCCCUCCCCGCACCCAACAUCUUCCUCAUCAAGUUGGUCCUACCCGAACCCGUCGGUCCCCGUCACGGGCCUCGAGACGCUCGAAACAGAGAAGUUCCGCCUGACGUGCUUCCAGACGCUAACGGGGACGAAGUUUCUGCUUUUCACGGACCCUGGGAUGCCGAAUGUGGAGGGGGUCAUGAAAAGUGUCUAUGAGCUGUAUGCGGACUAUGUUAUGAAGAAUCCGUUUUAUCAGUUGGAGAUGCCGGUGCGGUGUGAGGGGUUUGAUCGCGGGUUGGGUGGGUUCUUGAGGGGGAGGGCAUGA